GCUUCACAACGUCGUCGUCUGGCUCAGGAUCACGCCAUGAUCAGCAACACGCCGCCCUCGGACUACUUCUUCGCUGGCGACUCCUCUGACGACCUCACCGGAUUGUCCAUCUAUCUAGUUGGACCUACCGGGACCCCAUUCGAGUCUGGUGUCUUCCACAUCUCUCUGCGGAUUCCUCCAACCUAUCCACAGGACCCACCGAAGGCGAACUUCACAACCAAGAUCUUCCAUCCCAACGUGGAUGGCCGCACCGGCGAUGUCUGCGUCGACACCCUAAAGCGAGACUGGAACCCGAAGCUGACUCUCCACGACGUCCUUGUCACCAUCCGGUGUCUGUUGGUGUUUCCCAACCCGACCAGUUCGCUCAAUGAGGCCGCCGGCAAGCUGCUCCUGGACGACUAUGAGGCAUUCGCGCGUCAUGCGCGAUUGAUGACGGAGGUGCACGCGGCGAUUCCGGAAAAGCUCAAGAAAGAUGUCGAAGAGACGCGGCUGCGUGACGGGGCCGGAAGCGAUGGGGACGCGCUGCCGUUGCCGUCUUCCCCGAAGAAGCUUGUCGCCAGCUCGAGUGGCUCCAACACCGCGCUCAAACAGACGAAGCACAAGCGCAAGCCCUCGAAGUCCACAUCGGAUUCAGACGGCGGCGACUCGGGAAAGGAAAACGUCGUUACGGCGCGG